UCUGUAGCAAUGAGAGUUGCAGAGGAUUAAUACCUCCUCCUUCAUGGAGUCCAAACAUAAUGAGAAGGACCUAAAGCGCAAUUCCUUUACAGCCGUGGAAGAGCUGGCCUGGUUCGCAGGCGUCGCCACAUGCGUUAAGCUCCUUCUUAUCCCCUCUUAUCGAAGCACUGACUUCGAAGUUCACCGUAACUGGCUUGCUCUCACUUUCUCACGUCCCCUCGCUCAAUGGUACUCAGACGAGACCAGCCCAUGGACUCUCGACUACCCACCUCUCUUCGCUUACUUCGAACGGUUUCUCUCCGUCUUCGCCAAUCUCGUCGAUCCCAAGAUCGUAGACCUUCACGAUGGAAUGAAUUACAGUGCAGAUUCAGUCGUUUAUUUUCAGAGAAUCAGCGUUAUCGUCUCUGAUCUGUGUCUCUUCUAUGGAGUCUAUAGAUUAACCAGAAGCCUAGAUUCGAUUAAGCGGAGGUUAGUUUGGGUUCUCAUCAUAUGGUCACCGGCGCUUAUUAUUGUCGAUCACAUGCAUUUUCAGUACAAUGGGUUUCUUCUUGGGUUCCUGUUGAUUUCACUUUCAUUUUUGGAGGAAGGGAGGGAUUUGCUUGGGGGAUUCUUUUUUGCGGUUUUGUUGUGCUUCAAGCACUUGUUUGCUGUGGCGGCACCCGUGUAUUUUGUUUACCUGUUGAGGCAUUAUUGCCGUGGUGGAUUGGUUAGGGGGUUUGUGAGACUUUUGGCGAUGGGUUCUGUGGUGGGGUUCGUUUUCAUGGUUUCAUUUGGGCCAUUUUUGUACCAUGGGCAGAUUCAUCAAGUCCUCGGCCGCAUGUUUCCGUUUGGUAGGGGACUCUGCCAUGCGUAUUGGGCUCCCAAUUUCUGGGUAUUUUACAUUAUUUUGGACAAAGUGCUUGCUUUCUGGCUUGCAGAACUGGGGUUUAAGAUCCAGGCACCAACAGCUUCAUUCACUGGUGGACUAGUAGGGGACUCGUCUCCUUUUUCUGUGCUUCCUCAGGUUACCCCAUUAGUGACAUUUGUGUUGGUCCUAAUCACCAUAUCUCCAUGUCUGGUUAAGGCAUGGAAAAAGCCUCAGCCAGGGAUGAUCACUAGAUGUGUAGCCUAUGCUUACACAUGUGGUUUUCUCUUUGGGUGGCAUGUUCAUGAGAAAGCAUCACUCCAUUUUGUGGUCCCCCUUGCGAUUGUUGCAAUGCACAGUUUGGAGGAUGUGAGACAUUACUUCUUGUUGUCCAUAGGUACAUCUUCAAAACCAACUCUCUCUCUCUCUCUCUCUCUCUGAUGGUUUAAGUCUUAUAAUUGUGGUUG